AUGUUGGCGUUGAGCGCCGCCCGCCGCCUGGUGCGCCCGCCCAGGGAGCUGCUGGGGCCGGGGCUUGCCUGCAUGCGAGCGGCCGGAGCCCGCGGCUGCAGCUCGGACGGAGCGGGCCCCCGCAACCCGCUGGUGUACCUGGACGUGGGCGCUGACAACCAGCCGCUGGGGCGCGUGGUGCUGGAGCUGAAAGCAGAUGUUGUUCCAAAGACAGCAGAGAACUUUAGAGCACUUUGUACUGGUGAAAAAGGAUUUGGUUAUAAAGGAUCCACCUUUCACAGAGUUAUUCCUUCAUUUAUGUGCCAGGGUGGUGACUUUACAAACCAUAAUGGAACUGGAGGAAAAUCAAUUUAUGGCAGUAGAUUUCCAGAUGAAAACUUUCUACUGAAGCAUGUAGGACCUGGUGUUCUCUCAAUGGCCAAUGCAGGACCCAAUACAAAUGGAUCUCAAUUCUUCAUCUGCACUGCAAAAACAGACUGGCUGGAUGGAAAACACGUUGUUUUUGGGCACGUAAAGGAAGGAAUGGAUGUUGUGAAAAAAAUUGAGAGCUUUGGUUCCAAGAAUGGGAAGACCUCCAAAAAGAUUGUUAUUACUGACUGUGGCCAACUGUCAUAGCCUUUUGCUCUGCUGUUAAGGACAACUUCAAUGCUGUGAAGAAUGAAUCAUAAACAUUUCUGAUCCCAUGAGUAGCAAUAUGAAGCCAUAUUUUCUAUUUAACUUGGUCCCACUUUUAUACUUGUAUCAAAUAAUAUGGAUUAAAAGUGUAAAAUGUGUGUGAAUUGAGCUAUUGUGGUAGUCACUGCCGUGCUGACUUGGCAGAGUCCUACUGUGUUCUGAAAGAAGUGGCACAGUAACUGAGAGUCUGCCUGUCCUGCUGUUAACAUUAUUAGUAUGUGAGUGCUUCAGGUACUAGAGUUGGUGGUGGGGCUGACAAUUCAGUACUCUGUAACUGAGGGGUAAAUAAAAGCUAAAUUGUGAAAUACCAUGUUUCCUUCAGUUCCAGUAACCCUUUUCUGUUGUCUCACCAUCAUUCAGAAAAAUGGUACUAACAGUUAUCAGGGAUAACUGCAGCAGUUAUGUCAAGUAUUUUCUUUGUGUCUUAAGUUGAUCCAGUAGAGCUAUUAAUGUAUGGUUGUUGGUUUUUUAAUUAAUGUUAGAUCUAUUUUUGUAGUCUGAUCACUGUUUAAAAAUGCUUGCUUCAGUGGAGCAGUGUGUAUUUUGGGUUGAGUAGCAGCCUGCUUCCAGAGCUUUACCUCUACAAUAAGACCACAAAUGAGCCAGAAUAUCAUGGGACAGUGAACUUGCUUGAAGAACAGCUCUUUUCUGAGGCCCAAUCAUGUAAUGAAUGCAGCACAGCCCUCAAGAGACGGGCUAUUUUUGCACUUGGAGAGCAUAAACAAGAGUGCAGUGAGCUUAUUAGAAUGAGCAGUGGGCUCUACUGCUAUUUUUCUGUUAUUCUGGUCCUGCGAGGUCAGCCUGCCCCGAUAUCUCUUUUUGUUGUGGCUUCUUCUCAUCCAUCAGCAGAGUCAGAAUUGGUCACCAUGGAAUUGCAUGGCCAGUGGGUACAGCAAAAUUGUUGUGGUUGAUGCGUGAGAAGGAAAGAAUUUAGCUGAUCAGAUUCAGUUUCAUUUGUAGAAACUGGUGUGUUUUUAUGUGGAAUCCUUGAGCAGUAACAAAUGUUGGAACCUCGCAGUACUGCUUCUAGAAUUGCUAAAGUUGUAAGCUUUCCAUGCUUGGGGGGAAAAAGCACUUGGCUGGUUUUAUGUGAUCAUCUUCUGCUGAAGAAAAAAAUAAAAUGUGAUAGCUCUGUUCAACUAUGAA